GGUUCCCCCGCUCAAGAAGAGGUUAUCAAAGGUGAGUGAUGCCUGAAAGAGCGAGUUGACUUAUCAUCCUACUACGCUCUACAUAUCCUUUAUCGUCCGAAAAGUCAGGCGACCCAGGAAGAGAUAACGAUACCACGGCUGAACAAACAAGAAUAUCUGCCGAGUGGGCCUUGGCGGCGAGACCUAAAUCAGCUUGGAUCAGCAGGUCACGACUCGGACGCCCGUCGGGGAGGAUCUUCGAUCUAUUCAAAUACACGUGUUAGCUUACAAGGACCUAUAUCUGCUUUGCAAACUUGCAUACGUCGUCGCUCGUCCGUCUUCAUUCACAACAACUUGGACUCCUCUACACCGUAUCUGUCCCUAGCGUUUUAGGCAUGUCAAAACAAAUCCGUCUCGGCAUUCUCACGCCUUCCUCAAAUACCGCAUUGGAACCUCUCACUUUCCAGAUCAUUUCCUCCAUUCCAAACGUCUCCGUUCACUUCUCCCGUUUCCCCGUUACAGGGAUCAGUCUCUCGCCCAAGGGUCUCGCCCAGUUCGACCACUCAGUCAUCAUGCAAGCUGCCCAACUACUCGCCCAUGCCGAAGUUGAUAUGAUAGGCUGGAGCGGAACAGCAGCAGGAUGGAUGGGGUUCGAGGACGACGAGAAACUCUGCGAAGCUAUUACCAAAGCUACGGGUAUACCCGCCACUACCUCCGUAUUGUCUUUGAACAAGGCUUUGGAAAUUUUCAAGAUCAAGAAGCUUGGACUAGUCACACCAUAUCUAGAUGACGUUCAGGAGAGGAUUGUGAAGAACUACAACGCCAUUGGGAUGGAGGUCACCUCGGAAACGGAACGUCACCUGCGCGUGGUGAAGAACACUGACGUUGCCCUGAUUGGAGAAGAUGUAUUGGACAAGUUGGUCGGACAAGUGGUUGAGGGCGGUGCAGAGGCUGUUUCGACGUUUUGCACAAAUCUGAUAGCGGCGCACAAGGUUGAGCAUUGGGAGGCAAAGUAUGGUGUUCCAGUGUUGGAUACCGUUACUACGGUCACUUGGGAUAUGUUGAAGCAGUGUGGGGUAGAUACGAAAGCGAUCAAAGGGUGGGGGAGAAUAUUCCAGGAGGCAUGAUCAAAUUGAUCGCG